UAAAGACAUCUCUAGUCAUACUAUCUAAAGCUAAAGUACCCUCUCUUUGCUUAUUUAUAUUUUAAGAUUUUAGGAAAAGGUGACACAAUGGCCAAAAGACAAAAACCAAAAAUAGUAGAAACCAUUCUCCAGUACGAUGAGAAAUUAACAAAGAAAUUUGUGGGCUUUUUACUUAGUCAAACGACCCUCAAAUCUUUGAAAACACACUGCAAAGCAUUAGAGAUCUCCUGCAAUGGAAUUGUCUGGCUGGCAUCUUGGAUUGGGCUUAUUUGGCUUUUGAGCGAUAAGGACCUCUAUGAAUCUCAAUUGAAUAUGCUGGUGGGACUGAUUUUCGAUAUUAUAGUUAUUGCCGUAAUGAAAGCGGCGUUUAGACGCAGAAGACCAACGGCUUGUAAUGAUAUGAUGCAACUUGGACCUGAUAAAUUUAGCUUCCCGUCUGGCCAUGCAUCCAGAGCUGUUUUUGUUGCCACGUUCUUUAUACUGUUAAGUCCCGUUUCAGCGAUUUGGUGGAUGCCGCUCUUGGCUUGGUCCAGUGCUGUGUGUAUGUCGCGUAUCAUUAUCCAACGUCACUAUAUCCUUGACGUUGUAGCCGGCAUGUUGGUUGGCUUAUUAGAGGCCGGUGUUAUGUGCAUUUUGUGGAUUGGGAAGGACACUGCUCAAAGUAUAAUUGCCUCAAUGUCAAGUGAUAAUUUGCCUGGAGGAGAAGAUGAAUAACGAAACGCGUAGACUUCUUUUUUAUUCGUCAUCUAAAAUAUAACAUUUUUGACUGUAAAUAUGUACCUAUACAUUUGUUUUUUUUUUUAUAUGUAUGUAUUUACGUAUAAUUAAAAAAAUAAGACGAGAAAAUAAAAUAGCUACAUUUUUUA